CAGCUUUCGGUUGUUCUGAGACUUGUGUUAUCAACUAACAAUUGCCUGACUUUCUCCAUUUAACCGAUUAGUGUAUCAGAAAGUGUAUCAGAAAUCGUCCGGAAAUGACUGCCAGACGGCCACCAUUUUCAGUCGCCGGGGGUGUCAAGCCUUGGAUACAAAAGUUCAAUAUCACUUCUUCAAAGGAUACUUUUCUGAACCAGUUUGUUGGCACAUCCGAUGCAAGAAUAGUUGAGAUAAGCGAAGUAUCUGGUGGAGGCGACGCCACGUAUGUCUCUACAUCACUCGGCUCCAAUCACGCCAAAGACUGGCCAGACCUCACCAAGUUCAUUGAACUUCCCCAGUCCGGUAGACCUCGAGGCAUUCUCAGAUUAGCGAUCAUACCGUUCAAUACCAAGGAUGAAAACCUUCCACCAUUGUCGUGGAAUGGAUUUCAGCAACACCUCGACCUUUUGCAUCUACGGAAAUCCUACUUGUACGAUGAAAACAUGCAGACCCCUCCCAGUUGGUUUGAGGUCCCCCUAGAAGGAGGUUUAAAAGGGUUCAUGUUGAAGCCGGAGCGGUGGGACUCAAAUCUUGCCAACUUCAGUCUCUCUGCUGCCUACUGUCCAGCUUCAAGGACGACGAAUGUCGUAGCGCGUAUGCUCCACAAAGCCGACGUGGAGCAUCUUCUUCCGCGACUGCAGAAGCUUAGAUCAAUUGCUUGGCAUCCUUUUCUCGUACCGCUCAUUUUGAUGGAACGACGAAUGGAAGCAACUGCAAAGGAGCUGAUAUCCGUCAAAGACUCCCUUUACGCAGUGGAGAGGAGAAUAGGAACUCACAAGAACUACCAUGGCAGGAAGCAUCACAAAAAGCUCCAUUAUCAUGAUUACGGUGACAAGGUCUGGGAGCAAAGAAACGAAGAUGAUAUUGCAUUCGAAACUGCUCCUGGUACUUUGACUUCCAUCGUUUCUGAAUGCGCCAUGUUUGAAGCCAAGUGUCUUAUCAAUGAGGACAUCCUCGAUUGGCUUCAUGGACUAAACGCGACUCUCUGCGAACCCGACAUUAAUGCGGAACUUUCGGCCGUAUCAGCCGAUUCGAUCCGACUGAAGAUCUCAACCAUGAAAAUGUGGUGUGGCAACAACCGAACUCGAAGUUCCUACCUUGCAAAGAGAGCAGAAGCGCAGAUGCAAGCCUGCUUCAACCUCAUGGCCCAGCGUGAUAAUGCGCUGAAUCUAAAAACGACCGAGGCAGCGAUUCGUGAUAGCUCCGAUAUGAGGGCAAUCGCCUGGGUUACCCUUGCUUUCCUGCCAGCGACAUUUGUGGCGACUUUCUUCAGCACGUCCUUUUUCAGCUUUGGGCAAGACGGGCGCAGGGUUUCUGAUUUAGUUUGGAUAUAUUGUGUAGUUUCUCUUUUUUUUAACGAUAAGCGUUCUUGCUGGUUGGGCUUGGUGGAUUAGACGGGAGAGCAGGAACUAGAUGUGGAGAGGUGGUGAUGAUUGAGAAGACAGGCACUUGUGUGCAGUUUGGUAAUGCGGGGGAACUUGGCUCAGGAAGAGUCAGCGCAAACGCCAGUUUAUAUUCAUAGCAAUGUAGAAAAGAAACACCC